CUAAAACUUUUGGAAAAUACACUGAAGAGACUGAUCUCAAGAAGGACUCCCGGCUUAUCCUUGAUCUCUGCAGGUUGUCUCUGGUGCACCAUGUGUCGCCUCCUAAAUGUCUUGCUGGCCUUGCUGAGCCGCUUCAUAUUUGCUGUCCACGGGGUGGUGACGGUGUGGAGAGUUGUAGCUGUUAAAGAGGAGCCGCUCUAUUGGCUGCUGCUGACAGGCGUGGCUCUGUUGGGUGUGGAAAUGGCCAUCACUCUGAAAUGCACCCGUAAUGCAGAGUGGAAAUGGUUCUCCCCCAUGGUUUUCCUGUACCUCAGUACUGUCAUCCCGUCCAUUUGGUUUCUGGAGCUAAGCCUGCUACAGUCCAAGCUGCCUUUCAACAAUUCCUCGGGCCAUGAGCUUCAUUUGCUGGCUCACAUCCCGAUCUCGGCGGGGAUUAAGGAUCUGGACCCAGAGAACUGGGUAGCUGGCCUGGAGCAAACCAUGCUGAUAGUCUUGGUUCUGGGUCGCUGGCUAAUGCCCAAGGGGGACAUGUCACGUGACCAACUCUCACAGCUUCUCAUGGUGAAUGUGGGACUGGGUGCUGACAUCCUGGACAUCUUCGACACCUUCAAGGAGCCCGAAGUCAAAACCAACCAGGCAGUUGUCAUCAUCGGCUUGGCCCUGUUCUCUUGGGCGCUCAUGCAGUUUCCUCUGGUUCUCACUCAGACACGACCCCCAAAGGCUGGCCCUUCUCAAGACAGCAAGGGUGGUCCCUUCUGCUGCUCCGGGGCUCCACCCUCAUUCACCUCCUGCUGCUCCAGCGAAGUCUGGAGCUUGCUGCUCACAGUGGGACUCCAAGAUGGCCCGUUCCUGCUCUACCGGUUCUACCUCAUGGUGCAAGAGCAGGUGCUCAACCAGCUGAUGAUAUUCUUCACCUGCAAGAAUAUCCUCAUCGUUCUUUUGGAGCUCUACAGAAUAUUUGUGGUGCAGUGUGAGCAGCAGGUAUCUGGGCUGGAGAGAUGCACUGCUCUGGUGCUCCAGUGUCAAGCCCACGGGGGCAGCAGGGAGGAGGAGGAGGUGGAAGAAGAAGUGGGUAAAGACGAAUGUUGCGAAGAGCAGAGCUGUCAUAUAGACAUGAAAAAGGGGACCGAGAGGGAGGAAGAUCAGAAAGGUGUCCAGUGUGAAGCUGAUGUCCUAAUUCUGUCCCCCACGAAAGGGGGACUAGCUACUCCUGACUCAUUUGGACUAUAUUCUACCAACGCAGCCUACAACUUCUUCUCGGUUAAAGACUUGCGCCUGGAUGUGGGUGCCCACUGCAGAGAGCAGAAUAUAAAGCAGUGGUUGUAG